UCUGAAUGGCUUCUUCAUUGAUGUCUGCAAUGUGGAUGUUUCUUCCUAGGGGAGGGAUUUUAACCAAGGGAAGUUAAAGGAAGAAAUAAUUUUUUCAUCUGUUUAGAUAAUAAUGAGAAGAUGACUGCGUUCUUCAAAACACUCCGAAAUCAUUGGAAGAAAACUACAGCUGGGCUCUGUUUGCUGACGUGGGGAGGUCACUGGCUCUAUGGGAAGCACUGUGAUAACCUGCUAAGAAGAGCAGCCUGUCAAGAAGCUCAGGUGUUUGGCAACCAGCUGAUUCCUCCCAAUGCCCAAGUGAAAAAAGCCACGGUCUUUCUCAAUCCUGCAGCUUGCAAAGGUAAAGCCAGAACUCUAUUUGAAAAAAAUGCUGCCCCAAUUUUACACCUAUCUGGCAUGGAUGUGACUGUUGUCAAGACAGAUUAUGAGGGACAAGCCAAGAAGCUCCUGGAGUUGAUGGACAACACGGAUGUGAUCAUCGUUGCUGGAGGGGAUGGGACGCUGCAGGAGGUUGUUACUGGAGUACUUCGAAGAACAGAUGAGGCUACCUUCAGUAAGAUUCCAAUUGGAUUUAUCCCGCUGGGACAGACCAGUAGUUUGAGUCACACCCUCUUUGCCGAAAGUGGAAACCAAGUCCAAAAUAUCACAGAUGCCACGCUUGCCAUUGUGAAAGGAGAGACCAUCCCGCUUGACGUCUUGCAGAUCAAGGGCGAAAAGGAGCAACCUGUAUUUGCAAUGACUGGCCUCCGAUGGGGAUCCUUCAGAGAUGCUGGCGUGAACGUUAGCAAGUACUGGUAUCUUGGUCCACUAAAAAUCAAAGCAGCCCAUUUUUUCAGCACUCUUCAGGAGUGGCCUCAGACUCAUCAGGCCUCCAUCUCUUACACGGGACCUAAAGAAAGAUCUGCUAGUGAACCCGAAGAGACCCCUCCCCGACCUUGGCUGUAUAGGAGAAUACUACGAAGGCUUGCCUCAUUCUGGGCACAGCCACAGGAUGCCUUCUCCCGAGAGGUGAGCCCAGAGGUCUGGAAAGAUGUACAACUGUCCACCAUUGAGCUGUCUAUCACAACCCGAAACAGCCAACUUGACCUGAUGAGCAAAGAAGACUUUAUGAACAUUUGCAUUGAACCUGAUACUGUCAGCAAAGGAGAUUUUAUAAUCAUAGGAAGUAAGAAGAUGAGAGACCCUAACCUGAGAGCAGAUGGUACCGAGUGUCUCCAAGCCAGCCACUGCACUCUGCUACUUCCUGAGGGAACUGAGGGCUCCUUCAGCAUCGACAGCGAGGAGUAUGAAGCCAUGCCUGUGGAGGUGAAGCUGCUGCCCAGGAAACUGCAGUUCUUCUGUGACCCAAGGAAGAGACAGCAGGUGCUGCAGAGCACGUCCCAGUGAGCUCAUGGCAACAUGGUGCUCGAUCGCAGGCUGCGCUUCCAGCCACCAGUGGGACCACAAGGGAAGGGUGUGCUUCAUCUAUUCCCAGAGCGUUAUCACAGGAGCCCAAGGGAAUUUUCUUGGCAAGUCCUCCUGACCCCUCUCCUGUAGUGCUUCCUAGCACAUACACCCUGUUAACCCAGGCUUUCUUUCCUUGUGUUGUGAUAGUUGACCCCUCCCCCAACACACACACAUAUAGCGAGGAAGUUCUUACACUCGGUGAGUUGGAAAGGGCUGGAGUUUUGUGAUCUCCCCACAGUGAAGAGUAGAAAGUGUAGACUAAGCUACUUACCGUUCCAGUUUUUGACCGUCCUAGGGCAUCCAAGGGAAGCAGCUGCCUCCGUCUGGGCUCUCUCAUGGGUGCUGUUCCUCCAUGGUCUCCACUUUGGUUGGUCUCAAUCUGGAAAGGAGAUGUGAUGUGGUUGCCUUUUCCGCCAUGGCUAACAUUAUAAAAUGCCAUUUAAAAACAAACCAGUGCUUCUUCAUUGUUAGUUUGCAUGUGUACUUCUGGGGCGCAUGUCUGACUGACCUGGGACCCACCCCCAAACCAUGUUCACCGUAAAAGGCUGCUGCUUCCCAGGUGAAUCAGCCAGACCUGAAGAAUGUAUUUUAAAAAGACUUCAUAAACUUGUGAUUGCCCCAAGUGUAUUAUAUAUAUUUUAAAAAAAUCACGUAUUCAUGUUGUAACCGCUAUCAUUUUCCAUGGGAAGUUAAGCACUUGUCAGUGUACUUUCUAGUGCUGUGUAAAUACUGUUGUUUAAAAAUAAAAGUGUUUCAUCGUUCUUUUAAACAUAUCCAGUGUAAUUUAAAUGCACCUCUCAUUUAUUUAUAUAAAUAAACUCAUGAACUAA